AUGAAGAUCUCUGCGACAACUUUCAUCGGCAUCGGCGCCGUUAUCCAGCAUCUGCAGCUUGCUCAAGUUUCCGGUCAAGACAUCGACAAAAACACCCCUCUCAGCUUCACUGAUGACUUACCCACCGUAGCACCAACAUUCGCACCUGUGGUCAAUGACAUCACACCUGACGCUAGUAAUGGUGUAGCCGCAAACUCGUCGGCACCAGUAGACCAAUUAACUUCAAACGUUGGUGAUGGCGUCUCCUCUGGAUUUCAAGCCCUGGAACCGCCUAGUCAUCUCGUCCAGCACACCGAAGCGAUGAUGGGUCUAUGUCCACCCAAAUACCUCGAUCCAUCGGUGAUCAAGAGCCGCGCCAUCCCGACCAACAACUGGUGGGGCAACAUCAUCGCGCACGACUCGAAUGUGGCCAUCCAGCCCGUUUGGUCCAAUCCGUACUCGCUACAGAUGGUCGUUGACAAGGCCCCCUUUGGCAUGUCCACAAGUUACCCAUAUCGCAGCCGCUUCAGCGGCGGUAACUCCGGCAACAACGGCGCCGUCAAGUAUUAUGCGCACGGCAUGGUUCGAGAGUUCCUGUUUUCGGCUGAGGAGAUCGUGCAGCAGAAACCCAGCUUUCAAGUUGUCGACUGGGCUGAUCAAGGAGUGACCGUGAAGUUCACUGCGAGCUCGUCCCGUGGCAGCAUGGUGUCGGAACUCGUUUCUGGCAUGGUGUACGCCUCCAUGAAAUACUCGGGUCUCACGCCGAGAUUGGUGUCAAGUGCGGCAAUCUCUAGCAUUAACGGCCAGCGGCUUGGUGGUCAAGUCAUUGGUUCCAAGUUUGAGAUCGUCUAUAACUCCGGUCAGAAGUGGGUAGUCUACGCACUAUCGAGCGACGGUCGUAGUGAGAAGGAGAUCACUCUGACUGCAGACGGCACAUCGGCCCUCAAGGGUACUGGUGUGUUCGACGGCAUAUUGCGCGUUGCUCUCGUACUCGAAGAUUCUUGGUUGAGCACGUUGGACCAGCACAAAUCGUGCAUUGUUCAAGCUGCGAACGUCGACCUACGUGACGACAGCUCCUACGCGUUCAAGUGGAAGACGACGGGGGAUUGUUCUAGUGGUCUGUUGCACUUCGCGAUGAAGCACCACGCUGAGACCAUCAAUACAAGCAGCGGGGUCCGCAAGGUGGACGGCAUGGUGGCCUAUUCAACAACACGAGGCGCCUAUCAGGCUUUCACGACGCCGGGUGGAUCAGUGGAUCCUGUCUGGGAGAUCAAGGAAACUCAACAGGUACCUGAAGACUUCUAUCCGUCUCGCAAAAUUGCAUCGGGCGUGGUUCAACAGCAGCGUAUCGCCGAGCACCUGCGAGAAGACAUCAACAGUGCGUGGUCCAUUCCACUCGAUGGCAGCUACUACUUCAACGGCAAGGCUGCGCAGAAAUAUGCAUCGUUGUGUCUGAUUGCAAACGACGCGGCGGUCGUGGGGGGUGACAAGAGUCUGCUGAAGACGUGUUUGGAUAAGCUGCGUCAUGUGAUGGCACCGUUUGUGGCCAACAGCUGGACCCACAAGCUCCAGUACGACCAGAUUUACGGUGGCAUCGUGAGCUCGCAGGGCUUCACGACGAAAGACCUGAACUCGGAUUUUGGCAACACCAUGUAUAACGACCACCACUUCCACUACGGCUAUUGGAUACACACGGCGGCCAUCAUCAACCACCUCGACCCCAACUGGAGCGAUCUCAGCAAACUCAACACCAUGGUUAACCUGCUGGUGCGCGACGUCGCCAACUUUGACCCGGAAGACAAGUUCUUUACGCGAUUUCGCUCGUUCGACUGGUUCCGCGGCCACUCGUACUCACACGGCGUCACCCCGUUCGCCGAUGGCAAGGACCAGGAGAGCACGUCGGAGGACGUCAACUUUGCCUUCGCUAUGUAUAUGUACGGCAAGGUCACGAACAAUGCGGCCAUGGAGGCUGUCGGCAAGCUCAUGACGCGUGUCAAUGCGCACGCCAUCAAGACGUACUUCCUCAUCGAAGACGCGAACCAAAUUCACCCGGCCAACUUCCGUCCCAACAAGGUCACGGGCAUCUUCUUUGACAACAAGGUGGACUACGCGACGUGGUUCAGUGCUGAGAAACACUGCAUUCAUGGCAUCCAGAUGAUCCCCGUGUCGGCCGUGACCGAGUUCGUGCGCACCAAGCAGUUUGUGAAGGAGGAGUGGGAGCAGGUACUGGCCAAAGAGACUAUCGUCAAGCACGAGGACACGGGCAACUCGUGGCUUUCGCUGCUGUACGCGAACUUUGCCAUGGUGGACAAGCAGCGCGCGAUGGGCGUUCUGCAGAAAGCCAGGAUGGACGACGGUCUGACUCGCUCGUGGGCACUUUACAUGGCUGCGAGCUUUGCUGAGUGA